AAUACUGGCCCCACCCACUCUGCAGGGUUGUUUGGAGAAGAUAUGUUUAUAAACUUUGAAGCGCUGUUUAUAGUUACUGUUACCAAAUCAUUCAGCCGGCUCUGUUUUCCCUAAGACCCCAUGUGCAGGAUGAGAUCCAUUUGGCAUAUCUGCCUGCUGCUGGCACUGCCCAGCUUUGGCCUGGCCCAGACCUGUGUUGUGGACUCCAUCUCUGUGAAGGCUGACUUUGACCCCAAGAGGUAUGCAGGGAAGUGGUAUGCACUGGCCAAGAAAGAUCCCGAAGGCCUCUUCCUUCAGGACAACAUCUCUGCAGAGUACACCAUUGGAAUGGAUGGCACCAUGACAGCCUCCUCCCAGGGGCGUGUGAAGCUAUUUGGGUACUGGGUGAUCUGUGCAGACAUGGCAGCACAGUACACUGUCCCUGACCCAAGCACCCCGGCAAAGAUGUACAUGACCUACCAGGGGCUGGCCAGCUACCUGUCCAGUGGAGGGGAUGACUAUUGGGUGGUGGACACAGACUACAACCACUACGCACUGACCUACGCCUGCCGGCUUUUGAGGGAGGACGGCACAUGUGCCGAUGGCUACUCCAUUGUCUUCUCCCGAAGUCCUCGGGGCCUCCCCCCUGCUAUCCAGAGGAUUGUCCGCCAGAAGCAGGAAGAGAUCUGCUUGUCUGGCCAGUUUAAGCCAGUUCUUCAGACAGGUGUGUAUUUCUCCGCCAGUACUGAGGACAGGAACUAACGGUGUGGAAUGGAAUCCCAGGGCUGACCCCCAUGGAGGCCAGGGCAAGAUGGAAGAGGAAACCUUUUCUCUACUUGCAUUCCCCUUCCCUCAUGACCUGGGUUCUAGUCCCCACUCUGUCACUGACUCACUAUAUAAUCUAGGCCCUGCAAAGGAGUCAGACCCGAGUCAAAUCCACCCUCAGACACUUCAUACUUACGAGUG